AUCGGUGGUUGUUUGUUGUGCGAGAGGAGAAAACGAUGGUUCCGAUAGUGGCAGAUGUUUCAAGUGGUUUCGGCGGAUUUUGAUGUGAUUUGCCUCCGACGCUUGUGUGUGGUGUUCAUCGGGAACGGCAGCAACAAGGCGAUUAACAGCGGAGUGGAUACAAACAAUGGGAAUUCUGCGGUUUCCCUCUGCAGCACAGAUAAAAGAGAGACACUGCAAUAGUGAGAAUCACACGCAGGGGUGAUAGAAUUGUGGCUGGGAAGCGCAAUUAUUCCUCCUCAAUUAAGAUCUUCAUCAGAGCGGCCGCACAGAAGGAGCUUUGUCUCACGAAGAGACUAACAAAUUUCCUCAAUUAGUGAAAUUGAUGAGAGAGGCGCGAGAGAAGCUGUGAGAUUCCGGGUUUAAUGAUAUCUCGCAAAGUGCAUCGAAAUAGAGGAUUUAAUUGAGAAACGCCCAUCGUGCCGAGGUGAAGAGGGCUCAUCUAUAGUGAAUCUCAUGGGAUUGUGUGGGACAAUGUGAGAUGGAAUCGGGCAGUGUACUGAGUGAACCCACAACCACGGCCUUUGGCACUAAUCGCGCAUUUUUCGGUGCCCCGGAGAGAACGACUUCAAUGACAAUCCUAUCGACUGGGGGAGCACCAGCAUCAGCCACGCCGCAGGGAAAGCCAAGAAUGGCCCACCUGGAGACACUUGAAGCAAAGAUGGCCAGUAUUGAGGUGUCGCUCAGCGGAAGUACGCCACGGAGGCGCAAGGGAACGUCUCUGGGUGGCAGUUCAUCCGUGAGAUCAUCGCCCAGACCAGAAUCCGCUCCGGCGAAGGAGGUGCGCUCAGCGCUGCAGGAUCGCGAGGCAAUCAUCCAGAGUCUGAGGAUGCAGCUGGGUCUGGGAAAGCUGCCGCGACCCUGUGGCACGCCACUGGAGGAAAAUGAGCGGCCAGCAGCGGAACAGAGACUGCACAGACUCAAGAUUGAUGCGGAGAACAAGAAGAUCGCCAUCAGAAAUCUCAAAUCCGCUCUGGACAAACUCGACAUAACAGACAAUAUCGAUGUGAGGAUCCGACAAGCUGAACUGGAGUACGCCUUGGGGCGUGAGGAAUUGCAGCUUUUGUCACUCGUCGAGGAAAUCCAGGCUCUGCAGUCGCGCCUGGACAAAUCGCGACCUGAGGCCAAUUCCAUCUAUAGCAUCCUGCAGAAUGGCACCAAUCUCAGCCUGCACGCGGUGCAAGUGACCGUUGGGCGCUGGGCGGCUUCAUCCAGAAAUGACAGCCCUGGCGUGUGGAUCGAGUGGGCGCUCGAUGGUGAGGGUCUCUAUCGCGGUGACCGGAUCAUCGAGGUGAACGGGAAGAUUCUCAGCGGGCGCACGCGCGAGGAGCUGCAGAAACUGCUCGGCACAGCCAAUCGCUGCCAGCUGGUGGUGAUUCGCCAGAGAGCCAUGCCAUUUGCCCAGCAACAACUCCUGCAGAGUCAGGAGGACAAUUUGCGUCUGCAGCAUCGCAUCUCGUAUCUCGAGGAACAGGUGAAGGAGCUGCAAGACACCAAGGAAACUCGCUCAUCACCCACCAAUAACGCCCACGUCACGAGCAUCAGCAUCUCCUCGCCGAGUCUGAAGGUGUCGGAGAAGCCAGAGAUUUUCCAGCGUGGGAACUUCAUCACGACCAUCGUGGAUGGGAAGCCCGCCAAGAAUCCGCCGUCUGUGCCGCAGAAGGUGAAGCCGUCGCACAUCACGAAGACGACCAUCGUGAAGGAGAGCGGACAUAAUGGCCAUAUCUCGAAUGGCGAGGAGAAUCGCAGAAAUUUGUCCACUUCAACGGUGUCUCUUACGAGCAGCAUCUCGUCGAAGAGGGACUUCGAGGAGGCGCGCCGCGAGAGAUAUGCCCAGAAAGCCGGACGCAUCGCUUGCCAUGGACACCAGCAUAUUUCUCGCAGUGGAGAUCACCUGCACGAGUACACUAAAUCCACCAGUUCCGAUCGGAAGCUGGAGGUUUUGGCACGCAAAACGAACGGCCAGAUCGCGAAUCACCAGAGAACUCACGAUCUCAGGAGCGUGAAGAGUCUGGACUUCGACUCGGAUUGCGGCCAGUCGAGGGAUGUGGACUACACUUCGGAGCCGCUCGGCUCGAAGCCACUGCGACCGUUGCCGCCAAAGAAGCCAUUGCGGCUGUCGCUGCAGCGUGCCCAGAGCCUCCAGACGGUGGAGGCUGGCCUCGCGGAGCUGGACAAGAAGAGGGCCAGCAAGAGGCCCCAUCACAGGGGCAUAACGCCCUUCAACGGCGAGGCGAACGCUCUGCACACCGCCUCUCUGGGACGCAACAAGUAUAUAUAGAUCUAGACUCCUCGGCAAAACUCUUCGUUUCAAGCGAAAGGCAAUAUAGUGAAGCAUGUAUGUAAGCAAGUAGACAUGAAAACACAUCAAUAUGAUCAAUAUAUAGUUUGUCGUGAAGAAGCCUUGGAUGUUUUUGCAGUAUUUUUCCACAAGAAGGUUUGUUUUUCUUUCAGAAAGCACGAUUUCUUCAUUAAUUUGAUUAAU